AUGGAUGCGCGUGUUGCGACGCAUGCGCAUCGAAGCUUCUCACGACUGCAGAGCCUGCUGAGACAGUGGGAGGCAGCUGAUAAAGUUGCGACGCACAAGCUGCAAGAGCUUGUCGACAGCCUGACGCGGCAAGACUACCUCUCGCCUGAGCAUGCGGGACUGUUGGGCGUGGCUGGCCUGAACUUCCAGGCCCUGCUGUCUGCGAGGGCGACCUUGGAGCGGCGCUCGCUCCAAGCUUGGGCCUCUUUGGAGAAGCUGCAGGCUGAGCUGAGCAACAUUGUGGAUGCUGUCAGCAUGCUCUCCGAGGAAUUGCAGAAGGAAGUCGGCUGCGCAGUCUUCAUGAAAGAGGCCGGCGCUAUGACGUUGAGCAAUGCAGCACACUUGGCGCACAAAGCGGCACAGAUGUUGCGUUCUGAAGUCCAGCUGCGCCACUCCCUGCUGGCCACGGCCAUGCCGGGCCUGCGCGGAAGAGAGGCGGAAGAGGAGCGCAGACGACUCCUACUCGUAUGGAUGGAGAGGCCCUUCAGCUCCAGCGAGGAGGUGGGCGACCCACUGCACUCAGUGAAUGCUGCGGUUAUGCUUGCCCUGUCUUAG